AAGCUAGCCAGUCUUAGGUUACAUUUCUUUACGUGUUUAUUCAACAUCUGCCGAUAUGUGGACCCGGUGCACUUUAGUGUUGUUCGCGUUGGUGAGCGUGUCAUACUGCUACCCGCAAGGUCGUGUUGUUAACGGUACAGCGACUGACAUUGAAAAAUAUCCGUUCAUGGUAUCGCUGCGCGGUUCGUCUGGUUCCCACUCAUGCGGUGCAAGCAUCAUAGCGCCACGUUGGAUACUCACCGCGGCACAUUGUGUCUACCGCGCCAAACCCACGCAAGUUAGCAUACAAUUCGCCUCGACUGUGAUCAGUGCUAAAAGUUCCAAUGUGGCGAAGGUGAAACGCGUAAUCUGGCACGAAAACUAUUCGAAUAUUGAUAUUACGAAUGACAUCGCAUUGUUGGAGUUGUUCGGGCAGUUGGUGUUCAACUUUAAGACCAUUGCACCGGUAACAUUGCCAGCGCAGAACUAUGAGAUCCCGCAGAUACCCGAGGGUGUACCCGGUGUUUUGGCCGGUUGGGGUUUGAAUGGCACUGGCGGCUAUAUACAAUCGACUCUGCAAGAAGUUGGUCUAAAGAUCUACUCCGAUGAAGAGUGUAUCGCACGUCAUGAAAACGAGACGACUGUUCACAACAUUUGCGGUGGUGUCGAUGCUGGCUGGAAGGGUCAAUGCAGCGGUGAUUCCGGCGGUCCUCUACUCUCACAAGGAAAUAUUCAACUGGGUAUUGUGUCUUGGAGUAUCAAACCAUGUGGCGUACCACCAUAUCCUGGUGUAUACACUAAGGUUUCGCAUUAUAUUGAUUGGAUUAAGGAGAACUGUGAUUCAUGCAUUAGAAAUGUGCGCGUUCAGACGAGAAGUAAUUAUAUAAAAAUCCGAAAAUUUCAAGUUUUUACAAUGUGGACCCGUUGUGCGGUAGUUCUUGUUGCCCUCGUGGGCGUGGUUUCUUGUUUUCACGAGGGACGCAUUGUUAACGGUAUACCGACUGUGAUUGGCCGAUAUCCAUUUAUGGUCUCUGUGCGCCUGGCGAAAGGCGCUCAUACUUGCGGUGCGAGCAUCAUUGCGCCACGCUGGAUCCUAACCGCUGCGCAUUGCAUCUACGGACGCACCGUCAAUGAAAUCAGCAUACAGUUCGCCGCAACGGUAAUCAAUCGGCGCAUUGGCAACUUCACGCAAGUGGAACGCCUUAUUGUGCAUGAGGAUUACAGACCGGAUGGUUCCUACGUUAAUGAUAUUGCGCUGAUAAAAUUACAUAACGGUUUAGUUUAUGACUAUGUGCAUGUGGCGCCGGUAGCACUACCGGAUCCAUAUUUUGAGGUGCCGCAGACGGAGUCCGGCACACCUGGUGUGCUGCUCGGUUGGGGCUUAAAUGCGACUGGUGGUCGCAAUACGCCGACGCUGGAGGAAGUCCAACUCAAGAUAUACUCCGAUCGCGAGUGUGGCACCCGUCAUGGUGGCCGUACUAGCUUCGAUCAAAUAUGUGCUGGUGUGGAUGAGGGCGGCAAAGGACAGUGUACGGGUGAUUCCGGUGGUCCGUUGCUCUAUAAGGGUAGCAUACAAUUGGGUAUUGUGUCGUGGAGCAUUAAACCCUGUGGCAUCAGGUAUUAUCCGGGCGUUUAUACAAAGGUUUCACACUAUAUUGGCUGGAUACGCAAUCAUACCGAUGCAUGUGUCUUUCGACUUAGUUCGACAAAAGCGCUGAGCACAUUAUUAAGCAAAAUGUGGACUGGAUACGUUGUAAUAUUUGCGGCUCUCUUAAGCGUGGUGUCUUGCUACCCCGAAGGACGUGUUGUUAAUGGAACCUCGUCGGACAUUACAAAAUUUCCAUUCUUGGUCUCCCUCCGCGGCUCGUCCGGUUCGCACUCAUGCGGUUCAAGCAUCAUAGCACCACGUUGGAUACUCUCUGCCGCGCAUUGUGUUGACGGUGCAUCGCCCAGUAAGAUUAGCAUACAGUUCGCCUCGACAGAAAUUGAUGCACAAAGCCCCAAUGUGGCAAAGGUAAAACGCAUUAUUAUACACGAAGAUUAUAGACCGGCAGACGCUUAUGCCAAUGAUAUUGCCUUGCUGGAGUUGUUCGGUCAGUUUGUGUUCAAUUAUAAAACAAUUGCGCCGGUCACUUUACCCGAACCUUACUUUGAAAUACCGCAAUUGGAGACCGGUGCGCCUGGCAUACUCGCUGGUUGGGGACGCAAUGAGUCUGGUGGUCCAGUACAAAAAAUUGUACAAGAAGUAAAUUUAAAGAUCUACUCGGACGCGGAGUGCACUGAACGUCAUAAUGGACGCACAACCAAGGAUCAUAUUUGUGGUGGCGUCGAUGAGGGCGGCAAGGGUCAGUGUAGUGGUGAUUCCGGUGGCCCACUACUUUACCAAGGCAAUAUUCAAUUGGGCAUAGUGUCAUGGAGUAUUAAACCUUGUGCCGUUUAUCCAUAUCCCGGUGUGUACACCAAAGUGUCGCAUUAUAUUGAUUGGAUUCAGAAGAAUAUGGAUUCAUCGGUUUAAAUAAAUAUGUAGUAUGAACAUUUUAAAAUUU